ACCGUACCUUUCAAAAAAAAGAAAUACCCCUCCGUCGCAACUAGGAAAGUGAAGUGUAGGGCCUAGCUUAACUCACUCCACUCCAAUCCACAACUUUAAAUACUCAUCAUUUCAUCAUUUUCACAACCCAUCCCUCUCUUCCUCAAACAAAUCAAAACCUAUCUAGUGAGAGAAACAGAAAAAUACCCUUUUUGUUUCUUUCUCUCUAUUCACCAAAUUCAAAGCAAAACCCUAAAAAUGAUGAGCAUCAGAUCCGCAGUGUCCACUCUCAUCCCCAAACAAAAAAUACCCUCCCUCCAGUCUUACCUCCACAGCUCCGGCGGAUUCAACCUCGGAAUCCUCCACCCUCCCCGGAAGGACAAGCUCCUCGUCGUCUUGGGUACCACCGGCGCCGGUAAGUCUAGGCUCUCCAUCGACCUCGCCUCCCGCUUCUCCGGCGAGAUCAUCAACUCCGACAAAAUGCAGGUCUACCGCGGCCUCGACGUCCUCACCAACAAGGUCACCGACGACGAGCGCCGCCACGUCCCCCACCACCUCCUCGGCGUCGUCGACCCGAAAAAGAAUUUCACCGCUAAGAACUUCUGCUUCGCCGCCACGGAGACGAUCAAGUCGAUCACCGCCCGGGGUAACCUCCCGAUCAUUGCCGGCGGCUCCAACUCAUUCAUUGAGGCACUCAUGGAUGACAGGGAAUGCCGGUUGAGGUCAACCUACGACGUCUGCUUCCUCUGGGUCGACGUGUCCAUGCCGGUACUCCACUCAUUCGUGUCGGACCGGGUGGACAAGAUGGUCGACUGGGGGUUGGUCGAGGAGGCCAGGUCGGCCUUCGACCCCAACAACGGGGACUACUCCACCGGCAUCCGGAAGUCGAUCGGCGUUCCGGAGUUCCACCGCUACUUCCAAGCGGAGGCCACGGCCGAUGCCGACACCCGCGCCGCCCUACUCAAAGAGGCAAUCGACGAGGUGAAGGUCAACACGUGUGUCUUGUCGAGUCAGCAGUCGGAGAAGAUAAAACGUCUGCGGGACGUGCGGGGGUGGAAGUUGCACCGGGUCGACGCCACCGAGGUGUCCCGGAUGAAGGCGGCCGGGGGCGGAAAGGACAAGGAAAUGUGGGAGAAUCAGGUGGUGCGGCCAAGUGCCACCGUCGUGACGAGAUUCCUUCACAAUAGGUUUGGGACGCCGAUCUAUGCCGAUGCCUCAACCGCCAUCAGAUCGCCUGCCGGAGUAAUGGGCCUAGCGGCGGCGACUCACUGAGACUUCAACUGAUUGUGACUAAUCAAACACCGACGAAGAGCCACCCAGUUCUACCCUUUAUACUUUCUUUACAAAUGUGCAUGAAGAUGUGAAUCACCCAUUAAUUUUUCGGAAGUCAAUGAAAGGAUAGUACGAGU